CUGCUCCGGAAAUCUUCGUAGGAGCCUGAGGAUAUAAUCGAAGGAGGUGGUCCAUAAAGAUAAAUAAUUUGAGAUUUAUUGAUCUGGUUACACGCACUUUCGGGUAAAGUUGCGCAAGAUUUUUAGAUAUUCAGAAUAUCGCUCAUAGGGAACAAUUACGAAUGAUUUAACAUUAUUUUAAAUCAGUAAAGGUACAUAUUUUAAAUGUUAUAGCGGAAUCGUGUUCAUUUAAUAUGUAAAAUGAUUAUUAAGAGCAUAUGGCAAGUACCAAUAAGCAAGUUCCACAAUUUGUUACACAACCAUAGCAGCUCAGCAGCGAAUGUUUACUGAGGGGUGGCUGGACGGAUAUUCGUUUCAGUGCUGUCAUCUUAAGAUGGCUGAGUCGUCUGGCAGUAUUUUUGAGAAAAUCAAGUCUUGGGUUGCUUGGUCUUGGGCUUAUUUAUGGACUGUAUGGUUUGCUCUGCUUGUUUUUAUUGUUUACAUCCUUCGUGGGCCGUUAAAAUUGAAUGAAAAUCUUGGUUAUGCUACGAUGUUUUUAAAUACAUUAACGCCUAAAUUCUAUGUUGCACUUACUGGGACAUCUUCCCUCAUUUCUGGUCUCAUAUUGAUAUUUGAAUGGUGGUAUUUCAAAAAAUAUGGCACAUCUUUCAUAGAACAUAUUUCCCUUAAUCAUAUUUCUCCAUUACUCGGUGGAUCCGAUAUUCCAGAAGAUACCAUUACAUCUAACGGUUCAGUGAUUACACCAAACGGUAAUUGCGCGCAGCCUCAGCAAUCUGUUCCAGAAUGUAAAGUGUGGAGAAAUCCUUUAAAUUUAUUUCGUGGUUCCGAAUAUAGGAGAUUUACAAUGACGAAAAAUAAAGAGCCAUUAACUUAUUACGAUAUGAAUCUCUCUGCUCAGGAUCACCAGACGUUCUUCACCUGUGAAUAUGAUGCUGGCAAACCAGAAUAUGAGGUAAUGCAGCGAGCUUGGAGAGAGAGAAAUCCUGAGGCUAGGAUAAAAGCUGCUAAUGAAGCUUUAGAGAAAAGUCCGGAUUGUGCUCCAGCUAUGAUAUUAUUAGCAGAGGAAGAUUGUUCAACUACACUAGAGUGCGAAAAAAUGCUUAAGCAGGCGUUUAAAUCAGCAGAAACUAGCUAUAAGAAAAGUCACCAACAGCAGAAUCAAGGUCUACAAUUUGAGAAUUUACAUAGGCGAGAUACUAAUGUGUUAAUUUAUGUUAAGAGACGAUUAGCUAUGUGUGCCCGCCGUUUGGGCAAAACAAAAGAAGCUGUUAAAAUGAUAAGAGAACUUAUGAAAGAAUUCCCUUUAUUUAAUUUAUUCAAUCUCCAUGAGAAUCUAAUAGAAGCUUUGCUUGAAUUGCAAGCUUAUGCCGACGUACAAGCUGUGUUGGCUAAAUACGAUGACAUUAAUUUACCUAAGUCGGCAGCAAUUUGCUAUACAGCGGCACUACUCAAAGCCCGCCAAGUGGCGGAUAAAUUCUCGCCAGAUUCCGCUUCUAAGCGAGGUCUAACUGCCCAGGAGAUGAGUGCAGUUGAAGCAAUUCACAGGGCAGUUGAAUUUAAUCCACAUGUGCCGAAGUAUUUGCUUGAAAUGAAGGGCUUAAUAUUACCCCCAGAACACAUAUUAAAACGGGGAGAUUCCGAGGCUAUAGCUUAUGCCUUCUUUCAUUUGCAUCAUUGGAAGCGAAUUGAUGGCGCUUUAAAUUUGUUGCAUUGUACUUGGGAAGGUACUUUUCGGAUGAUUCCUUAUCCUCUAGAAAAGGGACACCUUUUCUAUCCAUACCCAACUUGUACGGAGAAUGCGGACAAGGAAUUAUUGCCCAACUUCCACGAUCUAUCGGUAUAUCCGAAAAAAGAACUUCCCUUCUUUAUACUCUUCACUGCUGGAUUGUGUUCCUUCACAGCCCUCCUAGCUCUAUUAACGCACCAGUACCCUGAACCAAUGGGUUACAUGGCGAAAACAAUAGUUGGUUGGUUAUACAUGAUAGUUAUGUAUAUAGUGGAGAAAAUGGAGGCAAUGUUACCUUCAAAUAUUAUCAGGCAAUUGUCGCGUAUAUAAUUACAGACAGAAACAAUAAGAAGAAGGAAAAGUUAAUACAAAAGAUGUUGAUAGAUUUCCAGGGCGUAAGAACGCCCAAAUCGAUCUGAAUAGAUUUAGAAUAUCGUUAAUUGUGUAUGUAGCUUUUUUUUCUUCGUUUUUUGGGAAGUUAUACCUUUAUUAGGAGAGAAUUUUCCAAAGUCAAAAUACAAAACGUUACUAAAAACCUAUAUUUUUUUCCAUUUUACUUAUUUACUAC